UGAAUCCAUCAGUUACCUUACAGAUUCCGUCAUCCAUCUUCCGCGGAUUGAUAAUACUAAUCGACUUCUUCAGUAUCACUUAUCAUUUUUCUGAGCUGUUUGCAAGAUCUAUUGGUUACACGUACCAACGCCUUGGCUUGCAUAUUAAAGGAAGACUCCGCUGACCCCUCUAUUACUUGACGCCUGACAGCCAGGCUUGAUGUACUCCCGCACCACCACUUUGUUAAGCAGAAGCUGCCGGUACCUUCUCCGCACCCCCAUUCGCCAAAACUCGCCCUUUUCGAUCACUGCACGCUCCUUCGCGGCUAUCAACGCAGCAAUGGCGGACGCAACGUCGAGCGUGACGCCGGAACUACUGAAGAGUAAAUUGGUUGAACAACUUCAGGCGCAGGUUGUGGAGAUUGAGGAUUUGUCUGGUGGCUGCGGACAGGCUUUCCAGGCAAUUAUUGUUUCCCCGCAGUUUGAGAAGAAGAACAUGCUUGCGCGCCAUCGGUUGGUGAACUCGGUCUUGAAGUCGGAGAUUGCUGCUAUCCACGCCUGGACACCCAAAUGCUACACCCCCGAGCAAUGGCAGGCCCUGCAGCAAGGAAGCGCUUGAAUUCGCAGUAUACCAAGAUAAUGACUAUGGCGCUUGGUCUAGGGGCGAGUUACGUUGAUUGAAAUGUUGUAUAUUCCAGAUGCCCUUAUCGCACUUGGGUAUUGAACAAUCAGGCGCUAGGAGGAUUUCUAGCAUACAUCGCCUUUGGCUAUAGACUACAUAUGAUGGGAGUUACCAUUGUACCAUCAACAGGAUCAUCAAAAUCCACACUGUGAAUUUCUGAUACCUAUCGUUGUCUAACCCAACACCUUCUCGGCC